GCGUUCGAAUAUACUUUACAGGCGAAGCGCAAAAAGGAUGAACAAGUGCAAGGGUUACGUGGAGAAUAUUUUCAAAUCGAUAAAGAGGCAGAUCAACAACUUGGACCCGGAGGAAGACGGAGAGACGCUGCAAGCGGUUGUCGACGCGUGCCAGACAUUUUACGUGUCACUUUUCGCGAGGGGAAAAGGCCUGUUCGGUCAGAGGCAGAUGGACAAAGAGUUGGCGAGAAACGCCCCGAAAAUUCCAACAGUUUCGUCGACGGAGGGAUCCGGUGAAACGUCUCAUCGACCUGACGACGAUCCUCCAAAGAGCAAGAAAGGCCUUGGCAAGGGUUCUCCGGGCGUGUUUAGGGCGAGAAACGUGACGAAACGGCAGGAGAGAACGCGCACCAGCGACGCGUUCCUCGGCCGUAAGCGAAAAUCAGCCGGCUCAAGCACCACAGGUGUAGCAGAGGGAACGAAACGAGCAUUGCUCCCGAAGUCGGCGGAGAGCACCACCAUGACAGCACCAGCAAUUCCACCAGCACCGAUGACACCACCGCAAACGGCACCCCGGCCACCUAAAAAAGCGCGUCUCGAGCAGCCGGAGAAAAGAAAACCUCUCUGCGCCCAGGCUGCGAAAGCCAACACGGGAGCAAAGCGAGUGCAAAUGAUGCAAAAGCUCGCGGCGGCCGGCGAGAAAGACGAGCCCCCAAAUCAUGUAGAAUUAGAACUAUUUUGGGGGGCCAUGAACGACUGGAAGAUUCUCGACGCUGGCUUGGUGGCGGCGUUGCAAUCCACGUGGGAGGAGAUGAAUUCCGAGAAAAGCAGAACGCCGGUGCAAAAAAUUCUCACGCUAACGGCAAUCCCGAACGGCGUGAGCAAUUGCAUUCAACACUGCAUUGGCAACCUGGUGCGAGAAUUUGUUCGGCAAACCAAGUCGGACGGUCGAAAGGUCAACUAUACGGCCGGCUGCGACGCGAUGGAAGACGAGAUAAGGGCCGAGCACUACCGAAGAUAUCGCGCAAUGGUGAAGGAUUGUGCGUGCGAAGCGUGCAAAGCGGUCAUCCAGUUCGACGAGGCCUACACUAGAUACCACGACAAUUUGGAAAUGACCACGGCGCAAAUGGAAACCGAACCGGUUCGCUUCGCAGACAGACCGAUGCACUGCGACGACGUCGAUUUCCGUGCCCAAAGUCUGCGCACUCAGUUUACCGGCCUGAGUUCCACGAGUCUGCUCAAGGCGCUAUACUUCUCGAAUUCGACGCCCGCGUUUAGCCCUCCCACGCUAUCGUUGGCGAUGCCCACAGAUGUGCAAAGCAUGACGAUGAGAUACUUACAGCCAUUCCUGAGAGAGAGAAAGUUGCAGGAUCCACUGCCCCAGUCGUGGAAAACCGUGAGCCCGACACCGGCGGAACACGAAUUGGUCAGCGUCCCAAAGAAAUGCCUGCGCAUGUUUGACGGAGACUCGGGCGAGAUAUUGCUGACAUCCGAGUGCGAACGCGAACUCCACGACCUGGCGACGGACGACGGGAAGCUACGAUUCCGGCUUAGAAACUGCGACGCGCCUGAGACGGAGUGCUCGGUGCGUAUCUACAAACAACCAGACGACGGGUCAACGACGAUGACGCCGUUUCUUACGCGACAUAUUGGAAUCGAAGCACUGCGGGCAGCGAGGGAGCUGGUAUUCCGAGCGA